AUGUUGUCGCAGCUCAAGAGCAAGUUUCCUUCGUUCGGAACGACGCAAAAUGACACGGACGACUUGAACAAGGCUGCGGUGGAGGAACGGGCGAACGACGAAAAGCUCCCGGCCAAGCUUGGCAGCGAAACCUCGUCUGUGGGGGAGGAGGAAUUCGAGGACCCCAAUCUUGCACCCAGUGGCCUUAACUAUGAGGAAGUUACUGCGGGAGGAAUGGGCCGCCAUUUAGGCGUCUUUACGUGCACCCUUAUGAUCGUCGGACGAGUGAUCGGGACGGGCAUCUUUUCUACGCCAUCGUCCAUUCUGGGGUCUGUAGGCUCGGUCGGCGCUUCUAUGAUGCUUUGGGUGCUCGGCUUUGUGCUCUCCUUCUGUGGUCUCUUCAUCUGGCUCGAAUUCGGCACUAUGAUCCCUCGGUCUGGAGGCGAAAAGGUGUACCUCGAGGCCGUCUACACCAAGCCGCGAUACUUGGCCACGAUCGUCUUCGCGGCGAAUGCGAUAUUGCUGGGGUUUACCGCUGCCGGGUGCAUCGUAUUUGCGGAGAAUAUCCUUGUAUCUGCUGGUGUGGAAGCGACACAGUGGAAUGAGCGUGGAAUUGCACUCGGAGUCAUAUUUUUCGUGACAUUUUUGCACGGAUUCACUCCUAGGCUUGGUAUCUUCAUCAUGAAUAUCCUGAGCGUAUUCAAAAUCGUCAUUUUGCUGUUUGUCGUUAUCACUGGAUGGGUCGUCCUCUCUGGUCGAGCGCAUAUUCAGGAUCCUCAUGCCAACUUCCGUGAUGCAUUCGCGGGCAGCUCACAUAGUAGCUACGAUUACGCUACCGCAACGUUCAAGGUUCUCAAUGCCUAUACCGGGUGGUCGGCAGUCAACUACGUUAUGAACAACGUCAAGGAUCCCGUUCGGACGCUCAAGAUUGCAGGCCCGCUUGGGCUCGGAAUCUGCGCAGUGCUCUAUAUGCUUGCGAAUGUUGCGUAUUUUGCAGCGGCCACAAAGGAAGAGAUCGAGAACACCGGCGUGACUGUCGCAUCGCUCUUCUUCUACAACGUCUUUGGCGAGACGGCGCAGCGGGCGCUGACUGUUUUCGUUGCAUUGAGUGCAUUGGGGUACAUCAUCAUCAUCCUCGGCCCGCCGCCUAGCGUAGCAUACCCCUUCAUUCUGGAUGUUGAGGGCUACCCCGGCCAGAUCAUCAAUUUCUUCAUCGUCAUUGGUCUGUUCUGGUUCCGCUGGCGCAAACCAAAUAUCCCGCGUCCGUUCAAAGUCUGGUGGCCCAUUGCCUUGUUCUACCUCGCCGCUGCGGUAUUCCUCCUCGUUGCUCCCUUCCUUCGCCCGCCCGGUGGCAUUGGUGACACACCACCGCUACCCUACUACUUGUAUUGUCUGGUGGGUAUCGCCAUCAUGCUUGCGGGCGUGGUGUAUUGGGCCGCAUGGCGGAUACUGCCGCGACUCUUCGGAUACGAGUAUAUUGGGCGUAAGGAAACUCUUGCAGACGGGACAGUCGUUGCAUUGUUCUCUGCGCAAAAGAUUCAAAAAGGUGAAGUUGAUUCAUGA